AUGCGCCUCGUAGUUGGGAAGACGCUUCUGCACCAUAAAUUACUUACCACUACCUCCACCCUCUCAUCCCGGACUGCUUGCUCAGGAUGUCUGAAAGCUGCAAUACUUGCCGGUCGGGCAUCAACAAGACCUUUCUACACAAGCUCCGCCGUAGACAAAAGCAAUGGCGUCAAGCGUCAAUCCAUACUUGAUCCACUCGACUCGUUUGCACGGAGGCACAUUGGACCUUCGUCCAGCGAUGCUCAACGUAUGCUUGAAGCCCUGGAUCCGCCGGUUCAGAAUCUAGACGCAUUUGUCAAAGAGGUGCUUCCGGUGAACAUACGGAGCACCAAAGAUAUCGACAUCAAUGGCCCAGCUUUUGAUUCAAGGCCCGAGGGCUAUUCAGAGACAGAGCUGAUUGCACGAUUGCGGAAGAUUGCAAAAGAGAAUAAGGUUAUGAGGAGUUACAUUGGGUGCGGUUUUGCUGGGACAAAAGUGCCAGAGGUCAUCAAGAGAAAUGUGCUGGAAGGUCCAGGGUGGUAUACAAGCUAUACACCCUAUCAGCCCGAGAUCAGUCAAGGACGGUUGGAGUCGCUGCUGAACUUCCAGACAGUAGUGACCGAUCUAACAGCUCUUUCAAUUUCCAACGCCUCGGUACUCGACGAGCCUACCGCUGCAGCAGAAGCUAUGACCCUUUCGAUGAACGCCUUGCCAGUCACCCGGCAGAAGCGGCCGAACAAGACUUUCCUGGUUUCCCACCUCUGCCAUCCCCAAACAAUCGCAGUAUUAGAGUCCCGUGCGGACGGCUUCGGUAUUAAGAUUGUUGUUGCAGAUAUCUUAGAGAAAAAUUGUGCGAAUGUUAAAGAGACAGGAGAGGACUUGAUCGGAGUGCUUGUACAGUAUCCAGACACGGAGGGUGGCGUUGAGGACUUCCAAGGCCUUGCAGAUGUUGUACAUGGACAAGGAGCUACGUUAAGCGUGGCCACUGAUUUACUGGCCCUUACCCUUUUGAAACCUCCAGGAGAGUUCGGCGCUGACAUUGCAUUUGGGAAUGCACAGCGUCUUGGCGUUCCUUUUGGAUACGGAGGUCCUCAUGCUGCGUUCUUUGCAUGCGGAGACAAAUAUAAGAGGAAAAUUCCUGGCCGAUUGAUUGGUGUGUCGCAAGACAGGUUGGGAAACAAGGCCAUGAGAUUAGCCCUGCAGACUCGGGAGCAGCACAUAAGGCGAGAGAAAGCAACGAGUAACAUAUGCACUGCUCAAGCUCUCCUUGCGAAUAUGAGCGCUUUCUAUGCCGUCUAUCAUGGCCCAAGUGGUCUCCGAGAAAUCGCCCAAAAAGCCGUCAAUGGUGCUCGCAUUCUCGAGGAGGGUGUCCGAAGGCUUGGGUUCAGCACUGGCGCUCAAGGAAAGGGUGAAGACAGUCGAGCAUUGUUCGACACCAUAGCCAUAGAGGUAGGAUCUGGACGUGCUCCGGAAAUCGCCGCCAAUGCAGCAGAGACAAGCGGCAUCAAUCUUAGAAUUCUGGAUAACGCCAGGCUUGGGGUCACGAUAGACGAGACGGUCGAGCAUCAAGACUUGGAAGAUAUCCUGGCAAUCUUUGCGAAAGUGGCGUCGACAUCUGAAAGCGACAUUCCGUCAGUGGACGAGAUCGCCUCAGAUCUGUCGCUUUCGGCAUCGGAGCUUGCAGGAGUUCCUUCCACUCUCAAACGAACGUCUACUUAUCUUACACAUCCUGUUUUCAACACUCAUCACUCGGAGACUGAGCUCCUGCGCUACAUCCACCAUUUACAGUCGAAAGAUUUGUCUUUGACUCACUCUAUGAUACCACUCGGCUCCUGUACGAUGAAGCUCAACGCUACCACCGAGAUGAUACCGGUUUCGUGGCCCGAAUUUUCUUCAAUCCAUCCAUUCGUGCCAGUAGAUCAGACCAAAGGAUAUACAAUUUUGAUAAACGAACUCGAACGAGACCUUGCUGAAAUCACUGGCUUCGAUGCGGUCUCACUGCAGCCUAAUUCAGGCGCUCAAGGCGAGUUCGCAGGUCUUCGAGUGAUCCGGAAAUACCAGGAAACGCAGCCAGGCAAGAAGCGUGAUAUCUGUCUUAUACCUGUCUCUGCCCAUGGUACAAAUCCUGCAAGUGCUGCUAUGUGUGGGAUGCGUGUAGUGACUAUCAAAUGCGAGACUGCCACUGGGAAUUUAGACAUAGCGGACCUCAAGGCCAAGUGCGAGAAAUACAGCGAAGAGCUUGGUGCGAUUAUGGUCACAUACCCUAGCACAUUCGGAGUCUUCGAGCCGGAGGUAAAGCAGGUCUGCGAGAUAGUCCACGCUCACGGUGGGCAGGUCUACAUGGACGGAGCGAAUAUGAAUGCGCAGAUCGGUCUCUGCUCGCCUGGAGAGAUUGGCGCCGACGUUUGCCAUUUGAACCUCCAUAAGACGUUCUGCAUUCCGCAUGGUGGUGGUGGACCUGGCGUCGGCCCUAUUGGUGUCAAGUCUCAUCUAGCGCCUUUCCUACCAGGCCACCCUUUAAUCAAGACUGGGGGAGAGAAGAGCAUUGCGCCAGUCAGUGGAGCACCAUGGGGCAGCGCGGGCAUUUUGCCAAUCAGCUGGGCAUACAUCAAGAUGAUGGGCGGUCGUGGCCUUACACAUGCAACCAAAAUCACCCUCCUCAGUGCUAAUUACAUCCUCUCCCGCCUCAAGCCCCACUACCCGAUCCUUUAUACCAACGCUGCCGGUCGCUGUGCCCACGAGUUCAUCCUCGACGUGCGUCCUUUCAAGGAAUCUGCUGGUAUCGAAGCCAUCGACGUGGCCAAACGAUUGCAAGAUUACGGCUUCCAUGCACCCACCAUGUCAUGGCCUGUGGCUAACACCCUUAUGAUCGAGCCUACUGAAAGCGAAAAUUUAGCUGAGCUCGACCGGUUCUGUGAUGCAUUGAUUGAAAUUCGCAAAGAGAUCAAAGCUGUAGAGCAGGGUGAGCAGCCGAGACAAGGCAAUGUUUUGAAGAUGGCGCCUCAUCCUUUGCAAGACCUGCUAGUGGGAGAGAAGUGGGAGAGAAGCUACGGAAGGGAGAAGGCGGCUUAUCCAUUGCCAUGGUUGAAAGAGAAAAAGUUUUGGCCCAGUGUUACGAGGGUCGAUGAUGGACUCCAGCUUACGGUGACAUGA